AUGCGUGAGGUUGCGACUACAGUGGAAGUCGGGGAGGGUUCCUGUUCGAUUCGGGACCAGGUCUUGCUCAGGUUUAUAGCAGGUUUUUAUUUGCCAGGUCAUGACUCUCACCAUCACUAUUCCGACUUUAUUUUGGAUCCAUUCUUUUGGAUUAUUCCGUCUCAAAUCAAAUUAAGCAGCAAAUCCGCACAUUCAAUUGCCAGACCUGGUGGUGCAAGACCUGGUGGUGUAAGGCGCAUCUACAUCCCCGCCUUUUCACGAAUGGACGUUGGGGAGGGCUCCUGUUCGAUCCGGGACCAGGCCGAUAAAGACUGCCCAAGCAGGUUUUUUUACCCGAUCAUAACUCUCGCCCUUGCUAAGGCGCCUUUAGAGGCAAAUAGUAUGGGUUUGAUGACCAAAGGGCUUUCAGGUCGGAUACUUCCUGCGUCGAGCGACAACUACCUAGGAAUAUUUGUCUUUACCUGGCCGAGAACUUUCAUUGUUAACUCAUUGCUACAUGUAUCAAGUACGGGACUAGGGAAUGACCUGCCCUUUAUAUUCAAGACCUGGUGGUGCAAGACGCACCGACACCCCUCCCCUUUGACGGUUCCUGUUCGAUCCAGGACCAGGCCGAUGAGAGACCGUUGA